GGCAUCUACAGCAUUAGGUGCUUAAACUGAGGUUUUAAAUCCUAAAAAUCAGGAAUCUCAAGAAAAUGAUGAGGCUUGUCAUAUUAAUGACAAUACCCUAUUUUAUUCACUUCUCAGUGAGCAGUGGAUCAGAACUUUCAGUCAUACAAUAUCCUCAGGACAUCAAUGUCUCUCUUGAUUCAACAGUUUUGAUAUUAUGUGAAUUUGACUAUCCAGAUAAAACUACGGUUGACACAGAGGUUUAUUGGAGAAAAGGCCCAGAUUGCAAUCGGCCUGGCCUCAAACCAAGCCCAAGCAUCUCUCAUUUUCAAAAAUCACAGGUGCAAAUUACAAAGGAAACAACCAAAAGGUUUUCAAUCUUAAAACUGAACAAUGUUCAGCUGGAUGACAGUAACAUGUAUUUCUGUGAUGUGACACUAACUGAUCCACCACCACCACAGAAUAAAUGUGGAAAAGGCACCAAGCUGACAGUACAUGGGCCUACAUGCCAUGGUAGCAGAUCUGAUAAAAAUAUUUGGAUGUGGCUGCUUCUUCUUGGAUACAGCAUUAGUGCCACCAUUAUUAUAAUAGCUUUCCUUAUUCAUCAGUGCUGUAAAAAGUCCAGGAUCAACUCAAGAAACACAGACGGCAACACUACAUUGCCAAGUGAAUGGACUUACGACAAACCAGCCAGAACUGUUAAUAAUGGAUUUAAUCAAGAAUAUGAAGAUAUGACACUAAUAAGGACUUUUACUCAUAAUGGACGCAUGAUGAAAUGAAAAAGAAAUGUAUAUACAGUAGUCAUAACAUUAGCCUGUAUAGUGAUGAAUACUUUAUUCUACCCAGUAGCAAAGUAGUUAAGUUAGUGUUCAAGUGACUCUUCUAUCAACACAUUAAUCAAAGAACAAAGGAAUGACUAUGUUCAACAACAUGAACGUACAUGCUGGCCUCACUUUAUCUCUGUUACAAGUCGACAACCAUCUAUUGGAAUGCCUUCUGAUUUCCUUUCCUUUCCUUUCUUUUCCUUUCCUUUCCUUGAUAGAGACAACCACAGAAUGAUGAUCCAAUUCCUCAUAUGCAAAAAAGUCCAGCCUAAAUUCUGAUUUUGGUUAGAUUCAGACAUCCACAUGCAUAUUGGUUAUUUGUGCAUUAUGAUGACAGAGGGAAAAUUGAGUUGGAAUUGAGAGGAGUUCUCCACACCUAACCCUAACACACUACUUCUCCCCUUCUCUGUUUGUGCCCCUGGUUGUCUUUCUAAGCUUUCCCAGUCUCUGAAACCUGCAAUCUCCCUUUAGACAUUUUCCAACAAAAUGAAAAGUAGCUUAUAAAAAAGAAUAACUUCAGAGGGAAAAACACUGUUCCUAUUUAACAACUACUGGAAACAUACUGAUGUGCAGACAACAUAUAUGAAAAAACACAUGGUCUUAUUACUUUGUGUCACCUCUGUCUCAUCUUCCAAGUUCCUUCAUAUCUAUUCAUGUGUUGUUUCUAAAAUUUGACUGUAAACUCUUUAGGCAGAGACAAUGGCUUUAGAAAAAAAGUGCCAGCAGACUUUUGGAGUCUGUGUUAAAAUAAUGAAGCUAGGUGACAUGGGAAGAGCUUAAUUUGCAUGGUAAUGAAGUACUCCUUGAGGUAGCUUCACAAUGGAAUGGGUGAUGGUCACUUAUGCAAGACUUGGAGCAAAUUAAUAUUACUUAAGUUGCCAGGAAAGGAAGAGGUUUUUGCAUAAAUUGAUAUCCAAAACUGUAGACAUUGUUCUCUAGAGCGCUUCCUUUUUAAUAAACUCUCAAAGCCCUGUGAUCUCUGAUCAGGGUGAAAAAUUAAAUAAAUCCUCACCAAGCUACCUAUCCUAUGAUUUUGCAAUAUUCUGUAACAUUAAGUUAUCUUAGCAAUGCUUUUUGUGGUACUUUUCUAGGAAGUUACAUGUUUACCUUUUAAUCAUAGUAUCAUAGAUAACAUCAUAGGUUGUAAGGAAAAUCUGGAGGUCAUAUAGUCCAACCUCCUGCUCAAAGUAGGACCAUCCCCAAUUACAUCACCCUUUCUCUAUGUGUAAAGUUGCUAUUAAAAAAAUUUC